AUGGCCUCUACGCAGACAACACCAUGGAAGAAGCGCGUUCUGUUCCCGUUCUGGGCCUUUCGCACUAGCUUCAUGGUCUUCCUCAUCGGAAUCUACAUCUGGGCUAUCGUUAUUAUUCGGUCCAGGCACGAUAUCGAGAACGUGUCAUGGGGCGUGAUUAUUCUCUUCAUGCUCUUACUGAUCAUCUGUUUGCUCCUGGACAUCAUGGCGAUGAUUAUGUUUGCUAAACACUCCUUGAAACCCGGAGCCUUUCUUCUCUUCAACGUCAUUCAAACUACCAUCUGGACCGUCAUCCUCGUCCUUGAUAUAGUGGCCCUUGCUCGACCAGGCGUCAAUCGUAUAGGCCUCCUUGGCACCAUUCUUGUCUUCGCCUCAUUCCUCGCCCUCCUCAUCUACUCCCUCGUCAUUUUCAUCAAAGAAAGGAAGAGCCGCAAACAGCGAGGCCAUGGCGAAAGCACGACUGCCAAUCCCGCAAGUGUGCCCUUAGUCCAGGCCCAACCGCAGUACGGUCACAAUCAAUCAUUACAAUUUAAUCCUACGCCGAUUCCUGAGCCUCCACAAUACCAUCACCCGGAGCCCGAGCGGAUGCCAGCUCCACAAUACAAAUCAACUCUUUCAACAACGGCAGUCGAGCUUCCUGCAACAUCGGGUGAAUCCGCCGAAUACUACUCGGGUGCGCCAGUCAAAUCUGCGCAUGAUGGUCCAGCCGCCAAUCCGUUCGCCGAUCCUCCAGCUCAGCAGCCACCCAAGAACCCCUUUGAAUGA